AAACCAAAGAUGGAAGAGAAAAUCAAGUUUGGUAUUUGAAAAUAUCAAAACUAGCAUUGGCUUUUGCAAUUAUCCACUCAAAACCACCAGGGAAGAGUUGCAAAGAAUACACUGAGCACCUGGCCAAAACGGUAUCCGAACAAGAUUUUGGAUGGAAAUCGAAAGUUGGAGCGCUGGAAGCUGAAGUUCUUCGAUUACGUCAGGAACUUCUUUUGAACAAGAUCUGUCCAAGAUACUGCUUGGAAAAUGGAAAACCAGAUGCCUCUGCUGAAACUCUUCUGGAUCAGGAAUGUAUAAACUCUGUGAGUUACUCAAGCCAGCUAGAAGACUCUGGGUGUGAUGUCUCUAAUGACUAUGCAUUCGAUUCUUUAGGCAUAGCUUCUGAUUUUCAUCAAUCUGAGCAUACUGCUGACACUUCUAAACAUUGGUUGGAAAGAGUUCCCCCACUGAAUCUUUGCUGUACUAGCAAGGAGGAAUCUCUGGCUGCUCCAGUGCAGUUUUUGCAACAUCUGCUUGAAAUAAGAAAACUGUCAGAAGGAGGAAUUCUUCAAGCAGACUUCACAGAGCUUGAGAAUGAUUCUUUCACCAUCUGCAAUUCAGUGUCUCAGUUGCUUGAUGGACUGACUGUUUUUUACAACAGUCCUAAAUUUCCAGUUUCGAAUUUUCUUACUGAAGCAGUUUGCGUUUUGAUCCGUUUAAUAACUGAUACUAAAUUAUCUAAUCAUGUUUUGAAGAAGUGUUUCAAGAAGCUGGAAGAAUUUAAGAAACAUCUAAUUCAGAUUGUUUUAAGAAACAGCAGUGUCAAUAGGUUUCAGGCACUGCAUGCUGUAUCACACACGCUGGUUUUGCUAGGAAGGAACAACAUACUAAGAAAUUCUUUAAUCUCUCUUCUACUGUCAGAAGUACGUCAAUUUGCUGAGCAGCUGUUGCAGGCUCAUCAGACCCAGGCUAUGUAUGAUGUUACCCAGUAUGAGAAUAUUUUUCCUUUGUGCAUGACUCUGGAACAACUUCUUCAAAAUGAGACAGAAGAAAGUAAUGUUUCAAGCUCAGACUAUGAUGGAGAAGAAAAAAUCAAAUUUCUGAAGAACCUUGAUCAAAUUAUUCUUCAUCUCUCAGAUGAAUUCCCUUUGUUUUCUUUAUAUUUAUGGAGAGUGAGCGUUCUUUUGAACUCAGCUCAAAUUGAAAUUGAUUAA